AUGAACGACACGGAUUCGUCCUCUUCCUCGGGUGCCCACAGACCCGAGCUCAGCUACGAGUCGGGCAAGAACCUCAUGGCCCAAGGCCCGCAGGCUCUGCACGAACUCAUGGCCACCAAGAUCCACGCGGCAAUGGGCCGCCCCCUGCCGGAGAUGGAGGUGCGCUUCAGCAACCUAUCGCUGUCCGCCGACAUCGUCGUGGCCGACGACCACGCCACCAAGUACGAGCUGCCGACCAUCCCGAACGAGCUCAAGAAGACGCUCAUGGGCCCCAAGAAGCUCACGGUGCGCAAGGAGAUCUUCAAGAACGUGAGUGGCCGCUUCGCGCCGGGCAAGAUCACGCUGCUGCUGGGUCAACCGGGCUCCGGCAAGUCGGCUCUAAUGAAGAUCCUGAGCGGCCGGUUCCCCAUGACCAAGAACAUCACCAUGGAGGGUGACGUCACGUUCAACGGCGUACCAAGAGAACAGAUCAUUGACAAGCUGCCGCAGUUCGUGUCGUACGUGAACCAGCGCGACAAGCACUUCCCGACCAUUACAGUCAAGGAGACACUGGAGUUUGCCAACAAGUUCUGCGGCGGUGACGUAAUCAAGCAAGGCAAGGGCAUGCUGGACAUGGGCUCCCAACACAAUGACCACGAGGCAUUGGAAGCGGCGAAGGCCAUAUUCGCACACUACGCGGACGUCGUAAUUGAGCAAUUGGGACUGCAGAUCUGUCAGGAUACAAUCGUCGGUGACAACAUGCUGCGCGGUGUGUCUGGAGGUGAGCGCAAGCGCGUUACGACUGGUGAAAUGGAGUUCGGUAUGAAGUACGUGUCGCUCAUGGAUGAGAUCAGCACGGGCCUCGACAGUGCCGCCACGUACGACAUCAUCAACACGCAGCGCAGUGUGGCCCACCGACUCCACAAGACGGUGGUCAUUGCACUGCUUCAGCCUUCACCGGAGAUUUUCGCGCUGUUCGACGACGUGAUGAUCCUGAACGAUGGAGAGCUGAUGUAUCACGGAGCAUUGUCCCCGGGACGCGACAUCGCCGACUACCUGCUGGAUCUGGGUACCAAGCAGCAGCACCGCUACGAAGUCCCGCACCCGACGAAGCAGCCGCGAAUGCCAAACGAAUUCGGGGAGAGCUUCCGUCUGUCACCUAUUUACCAGGAUAUGGUGAGCGCGGUGGAAGGUCCGUACGACCCGAAGCUCAUCGCGAGUGUGAAGGACAUCAUGGACCCGAUGCCUGCAUUCCACCAGUCAGUUCUGGCAAGUGUUUGGGCGCUUCAGCGACGGGCUCUGAUGAUCACGUACCGGAACGUGCCCUUUGUCGUGGGUCGACUCAUGAUGGUCCUCAUCAUGGGCUUACUGUACUGCUCCAUCUUCUACCAGUUCGACCCGACGCAGAUCUCCGUGGUCAUGGGAGUGAUCUUCGCCACCGUCAUGUUCUUGUCUCUCGGCCAAGGCUCCCAGAUUCCCGUCUACAUCGCUGGGCGAGACAUUUUCUACAAGCAUCGCCGAGCCAACUUCUUCCGAACCGGGUCGUAUGUGCUGUCCACAACGGUGAGCCAGAUCCCGUUGGCAUUCGCCGAGACGAUUAUAUUCGGCUCGAUCGUGUACUGGGUCUGCGGUUUUGCGGCCGAAGAGAAGCUGUUCAUCAUCUUCGAGAUCGUACUGUUCGUGUCGAACCUGGCCAUGGGCAUGUGGUUCUUCUUCCUCGCUGGAGCGCUGCCCGACGCCAACGUGGUGAUGCCGGUGGGCAUGGUCUCGAUCCUCGUGUUCAUCAUCUUCGCGGGCUUCGUCGUGACCAAGUGCCAAAUUCCCGACUACCUCAUCUGGGCGCAUUGGAUUAGCCCAAUUGCGUGGGCUCUCAAGGCGCUGGCCAUCAACCAGUACCGCUCCAGCGACUUCGACGUGUGCGUGUACGACGGCGUGGACUACUGCGCCAAGUACGACGGCCUUAACAUGGGCGAGUACUACCUGAAUUUGUUCGGUAUCGCCACGGAGAAGGAGUGGGUCGCGUACGCCAUCAUCUACUUACUGGCCGUGUACGUCUUCUUGAUGUUCCUGUCGUACCUGGCGAUGGAGUACGUCCGCUACGAAACACCGGAAACGGUGGAUGUGUCGGUGAAGCCUGUCGAGGAUGAGAACAACUCGUACUUCCUCACGGAGACUCCAAAGGCGGCAAACUCGAAGGGCGACGUGAUUGUGGAUCUACCUGUCGAGACUCGUGAGAAGAACUUCAUCCCGGUGACUGUGGCAUUCCAGGAUUUGCACUACUGGGUGCCGGACCCUCACAACCCGAAGGAGCAACUCGAGCUGCUCAAGGGCAUCAACGGCUACGCUGUCCCCGGUUCGAUCACUGCGCUGAUGGGCUCUACUGGUGCCGGUAAGACGACGCUAAUGGACGUGAUCGCCGGCCGCAAGACUGGUGGCAAGAUCACGGGCAGGAUCAUGCUGAACGGCUAUGAGGCGACUGACCUGGCCAUUCGCCGCUGCACGGGCUACUGUGAGCAGAUGGACGUGCACUCGGAGGCGGCCACGAUUCGCGAGGCCUUGACUUUCAGCUCUUUCCUGCGCCAGGAUGCAUCGAUCUCGGACGCCAAGAAGUACGACUCCGUGGACGAAUGCAUCGAACUGCUCGGACUUGAAGACAUCGCAGACCAGAUCAUCCGCGGCAGCUCCGUGGAGCAGAUGAAGCGACUGACGAUCGGUGUGGAGCUUGCUGCUCAGCCGAGUGUGAUUUUCCUGGACGAGCCGACGAGUGGCCUGGACGCGCGUUCGGCCAAGAUCAUCAUGGACGGUGUCCGUAAGGUGGCCGACUCGGGCCGCACCAUCAUUUGCACGAUCCACCAGCCGUCGGCCGAGGUCUUCUACCUGUUCGACAGACUAUUGCUGGUGCAGCGCGGUGGCCAAACGGCUUUCUACGGUGACUUAGGUCCGAACUGCCGCAACCUGAUCGACUCCUUCGAGAACAUCCCUGGUGUAGCUCCGCUCCCAAAGGGCUACAACCCUGCGACGUGGAUGCUGGAGUGCAUUGGGGCAUGGGACGCAGGACUCGAUGGAUUUCGUGAGCUACUUCAAGAACAGUCCGUACAACCUAUUGCUCCAGACCUCCCGGAGGUGAUGUUUGGCAAGAAGCGCGCGGCCAGUUCGAUGACCCAGAUGAAGUUUGUUGUAUGGCGAUUCUUCCAGAUGUACUGGCGAACACCGAGCUACAGUCUGACGCGGAUGUACCUCGCUGUUGUCUUGGGCCUGCUCUUCGGGCUCAUUUUCGUCAGCAACGACAGCUACGCUUCGUACUCGGGCCUGAACUCGGGCGUCGGAAUGGUUUUCAUGUCGUCGCUGUUCAACUCGAUGGCCGUCUUCCAGAGCGUGAUGCCUCUCACGUGCGCCGAGCGUGAGUCUUGUUACCGUGAGCGCGCAAGUCAGACUUUCAAUGCGUUCUGGUACUUCAUGGCCUCGACGCUGGCGGAGAUCCCGUACUGCUUCAUCAGCUCGCUGAUCUUCGUGAUCAUCUUCUUCUUCAUGGUCGGCUUCUCCGGUUUCGAGACGUUCAUCCUCUUCUGGCUGGGCGUGUCGUUGCUCGUCGUGAUGCAGGUGUGCUUGGGUCAGUUCUUCGCGUACGCCAUGCCGUCUGAGGAGGUCGCUCAAAUCGUCGGCGUGCUGUUCAACCCGAUCGUCAUGAUGUUCGUCGGCUUCAGUCCUCCGGCCUACGCGAUCCCGUCGGGCUACACGUGGCUGUACGACAUCUGCCCAGUCAAGUUCCCCAUGUCGAUCUUGAUCUCUCUGGUGUUCGCCGACUGCGACGAGCUGCCGACAUGGAACGAGACCACCCAGGCGUACGAGAACGUCGGAUCUCAACUUGGCUGCCAGCCGAUGGCCAAUGCUCCGGAGACCGUGGGCCACAUCACCAUCAAGGAGUACACGGAGGAGUACUUUGGCUUCGUACACGACAAGAUCCCGCGCAACUUCGGCAUUUUGAUCGGCAUCAUUGUGCUGGCGCUGCGUUUCAUCAACCACCAAAAGAAGUAA